AUGCGGAAGAAAGGCGCAUGCGUCAUGAGGCACACUCCCCCCGUUCCCAGCGUACGGAUGGCGGAGCGCGGUUUAGUGACUAUUAGGUCAUGGCGAUGCGGGUGGUGUGCGCUGGUGCUUGUGCUGCUCCUCGUUGCAAGUCGCUACGGUGACAUCGGCGCUGUGGGGGUGCGCGCGACCAGAGUGGGAGAGGCGCGGCGAAGGCGGGCGGAUCGGCUGCUGCAGGCUCAAGUGAAAAGGAUGCUGACAUCGCUCGAAAGAAAUGCUGACGUGACGUCGCUGACUCAGCAGCAGACUACAUGCUCGUGCUACCGCGUGCGCAAUGAUUACUGCUGUUUCCAGUACAUGUGCAAGUGCUCGCCCAUGUGCUGGAACGGCUACGAGCUCAUCUCUGUGGGGCAGCCCAAGUGCGCGCCAGCCACAGAGCAUGCACCCCCCCAACCCGGCCAGCCCCCCGUGCUCACGCCUGUCGACUGCUCGCAGCAGCAGGAGUUCACCACUGCUCUCUACAGCUUCUUCACGGAAACUUCCGGGGGGAGCCUGGGCGUGCGGAGUGCAGGGGGAGGGGGGAACGGAGGGGAGGGCGGAGAGAGGGGUGGGAAUGGGUGGUUGGCGAGUCGGAGCGGUGUGGACUGGCGGUUUGGGCAGACGAUGCUGCAGACGUUUAACAAGACCGAGACCAACAUUGCUCACUAUGCUGAGAAAGUCCUCACGCUCCUCCUGGCCAACAACUUCACAGCACCAGCUGCACUGCAAACCCCAGUCACUCGCUUCAUGCUGCCCCGCGAUGAGAUGUUCGUUGAACGGCUCCGAAAGAUGGGAGCAGACUCUCUGUUCGCCUUUCUAAUGCAGGCAAUGAUCGAAUUCGCCGUCACGCCCGUACUCUCCUCUGGUGUCCACAACUCUCCACACCUGCUCGCUCAUAGGACCCUAGGAGACGCCCCAAUGGCAUUCGGGCUAGUUGAAUUCGAAUCCGCAUGGAACGCCGCCACUGAAGCCCGCCCCCUCUGCUUCGAAAGCCUCCUCCUGCCGGGCUUCUUCAAGGGAGUGGCCUUCCCCUCCCACCCCUCCCAAGGCACCUACCUGGACCGCCACCUGAGGAUCAAGCUGGGGCUGGAGCCUCCUGAGAAAAUGGUGUGGGGGGCGGAUGGGGUGAAGGGGUGGCGGCCGCGAGUGCUGUAUAUUACUCGGCUGGGGGCGGAGUUGAAGGGGCGGCGCACCUUUGUGCCGGAAAGUCAUGAGGCGCUGCUGAAGCUGUUGAGCGACCUGGACCUUGAGGUCACCAUGGCCGAGUUGGGGCACCUGACAUUCCACCAGCAGUUCGAAGCGCUUCAAUCAGCCGACAUCAUCAUCUCAAUCCACAGCGCCUCCUUCAUGAACGUGCCUCUCCUCGCACGCCGCUCCACUGUAGUGAUUGAGAUCAUGCCCUACAGGGUUGUGCAUGACUUGUACUAUUCGCUAACUCUCAACUCCGGAAUGCCGUAUUUCCUCAAGAUGUGCCGCAAGGGGGACGAGCAGGAGCGGGAUGCGGAGUUUAAGCAUUUGAAUCGCUUUGAUUGCAUGCGCAAGGAUGCGGCGUGUAAGGCGCACCAUGUGCAUUUUCGGAAGGUCGAGCUUACGAGCCAGGAUUUGCAGGAUUUGAAAACGAUGCUGAUGGUUGCAAAGGGGUUGGCUGGAGCGAGUUUGGGGGCGUUUGGGGAGGAAGUGCAGCCUGAUGAGCUGCCCGGGUGGGCAGAAGAAAAGUUUAAAGAUCAUCUCCAUUUCCAUUCAUUCCACAUCCUCAUCCUCAUCCUCCUCAUCCUCCUCCUCCUCCUCCUCCUCCUCCUCCUCCUCCUCCUCCUCCUCCUCCUCCUCCUCCUCCUCCCUCCUCCUCCUCAUCCUCCUCCUCAUCCUCCUCAUCCUCCUCAUCCUCCUCAUCCUCCUCAUCCUCCUCAUCCUCCUCAUCCUCCUCAUCCUCCUCCUCCUCCUCCUCCUCCUCCUCCUCCUCCUCCUCCUCCUCCUCCUCCUCCUCCUCCUCCUCCUCCUCCUCCUCCUCAUCCUCCUCCUCAUCCUCCUCCUCCUCCUCAUCCUCCUCAUCCUCCUCAUCCUCCUCAUCCUCCUCAUCCUCCUCAUCCUCCUCAUCCUCCUCAUCCUCCUCCUCCUCAUCCUCCUCAUCCUCCUCAUCCUCCUCAUCCUCCUCAUCCUCCUCCUCAUCCUCCUCAUCCACAUCCUCCUCAUACACCCCCUCUGCUUCACAUGGUUCUAUCGAGCCAUAACCCCUGCCAAAGAUUCUCUUAG